AAAGAAACAAACGAAACGUGUAAAUAAAUAUAAGUCGACACGGGCCAGUCCUUCUUACAACAAAUUAGCAGUUGCUCGCCGUCCAAAAUACCAGGAUUUUACCCUCGACCACCGGAGUCUUCGAUAAAGUGCUCCCAGUGCUGUGAUUUUCGAGAGAUAAGGAGAAAAUUAUCUGGUCGGACGAGAUACUCAUUUUUGGAGGAAAAUGAAACUUUUUCUGAUAUCGCUGGCGAUUCUCGCCUCGCUGUUUUCCGUAUCCGGGGAAUCGGGAAAGAAGACCGCACCGUUGUCCCCGCGUUCGGAGCUUGGGCUCGAGCCUCGAGCCCCGGAACCGGGAAAACUGGCGGAAGCGCAGAGGAAAAGGGACUCCGGUAACGCGUACGUUCGUCCAAGCAAGUUUGCGAGGUCGCAGCGCGUGGAGCCGGUGGUGAUUCGAGGUCGGAUAGUCAGCCGAAUUCCCGGGGGUCACGCGGUGCGGCCGUUCGGCCAAUACGGGCCGCCGCGUCUUCGCGAGGCCGGGGGCGGGACCGGGAAUAGAGGAGAGCUGGAAAUUUCGUCGGGGGAUUUUCCCCGGAGUAAAAAUAAUCUCGGGCCGAUGCGUCAGGGCGUGCCGAGUCCCAUAAGAGACGCGGAGUUCGUCGAGCCGAGUCCGAUAGCGGGGCAAAACAGCGUGCCGUUUAAUUCAAACUCUGCGAACUACUUGCCGCCGAGGAAUCAAAAGUUGCCGAGUGACUCGAGCCCGUUCGGCUUCUCGUCGCAGUCCGACCGAGGCCUUAAUCGGCAUCCGGGCCUGCAGUCGCAGAGCCUCCUCCUGCCGGCAACGCCGCAGAUAUCGGACGCAGCGUUCUUCUUGAGCCAGAAUUCCCAGGCGAUAUCGCAGCUGUACGAGGCGCCGGCGAGCAGCGAGAACCAGGAGCCGAUCUCGGGGGAUCGGGGCUUCGAUAAAAACUUUGAGAAUUCGAGGCCCGGGGGGCUCGCGGGGGCUGGCUUCCUCCGGGGCAGCGUGCCGUCGUACGCUUCCGGCGUCCUGGAACGGGAGGCGCUGGAGGACAUAAAGUCGUUGGAAAAGGAUCGCUUGAUAGGCGAAUUGCAGCGCGCGCUCGUCGACAACCGCGGCAGAUGGAGCUCGACCGGGACGACAAGGUACGCCCAGAAUCAUGAAAAUCCUGGCUUUGCGCAGUCUCAAAGUUUCUUCGGGUUCCAAGGUCAGACGAGUCCCUCGGCAGGUCCGCAGCUGGACAGGCCGAGCAAUAGCUUCGAGCGAGGACCGUACGGACCAUCCGGAGGCUUCGUCCCGCUCGGCGUUUCCAGCACUCCCGGCUACAAUUAUGGAGCCCCGUCGACGACGCCGCCGAAGGAAUCGCCCUCGACGACCCUCGCUCCGACGACGCCCGCGCCGACGCAGAGCAUCAACGGGGCGGCCACUUCCCAGGCAGGAAACUCCAUCUCGGCUCCCAGCGGGCCGCCGACUUUGCAGCUCCCUCAAUUCGGGGGGCUCGUACCGAGCCUCGUAAACACCAACUACUUGACGAACUACCCAACUUACCCGGGGAGUUUCGUCCCUUCAGGGAGCUCGAGCAUCAACCAAGUCCAGUCCUUCGCACCGACCCACUUCGGCAUCCCAAUCCCGAGCUUCCCACUCGCCCCGGCUGCUGCGACGACGAGCACCUUGACCUCCGGCCACCCGACGACCUUCAAGCCCGAACCUCUUCCGCCGAACCCUCCCCACCAACCCCUUAACCCGACCUUCCCUCUCGUGCCUGCUCUCAACCCCAUCCAACCGGUCCAAGCUGGUGUCACUCCUCCUGGGCAUCCCACUUAUGGCAUCCAACCUGCGAAUUCACUCCUCCUCAAACCCAUAAAGCCUCUCUUUCCAGUUUACUAUUACCCGAAUCUUUACCAAAUUCAAAAACCUGCUGUUGCCACUCUCCCCUGGAAUUACGCCCCUGCUUACCCCCAGAUCAGGCCAGAGGCUUGGAAAUAAUCGCUCGUCCCUUCGACCCCGCACUUCUUAUCCUCUCACCUUUACCACGUAGCCACUAUUGUUGACUCGUUUUCCUAAUUACUUUAAGGAGGGUGGCUAAUUCGUUCGUCAAAUUGAUAAGAAGUUGAUCAAAUUUGGUGAUAAUGUUCUUCAACAUCAAGUGCGAAGAGACAAUUUUUUUCAAAAUUUUCUUCUCCUUAGUU